AUGGAGGCGUCAUCUUCAAAGCCAUCUGAUGUUGCUGUUAAUACUGCUUCUGAGUUGCUUUCCGAUCUUCCAUCUCGCGGUUUCUUAUCUUCUAACGUCGUCUCUUCCAAUCCGGGAAGCAUGCGGGUCUACAUUUGUGAGCAUGACACAUCUCCUCCAGAAGGACAACUUAUCAAAACAAACCAGCAAAAUAUACUAAUCCGAUCGCUCUUGUUAAAGAAGCAAAAAGGCGAAUCUAGCUCUAAAGAGGCAAAAGUAACUGGCACAACUGGUGAAGAUGGUCCUAAAAAGAGGGCUGCAAAUAGGGCUCUGGACGACAGAAGCUCAGCUAAAAGGGCUGCUAAUGUAUCUAGACAAGAAGGAUCGAGCAGUCGCGCAGGCGAAAGAGACUUUCAGUCUUUGACUGUCGAGAAGCUCCGUGUCCUUCUCAAGGAGAAAGGCCUUCCAACUAAAGGAAGAAAGGAUGAGCUCAUUGCGCGUCUGAAGAAUGCCAACUGA